UGAUCAAGGAAGAAAAGAGAACCCCAGUCUAAAUGACUUUACACCACAAAGCUGGUUCCUUUUUGGAAAUGGUAAAAUGCCCAGGCUAAGUAGCUUACAAGAUCUACUGCACUAUUUCUUUCAAUUAAAAUAAUGUAUGUUUUCAGGUAUAUGUAUUUAGGAAAGGGGGAAAGCACCUAAAGCAAAUGGUAGUGCGAUGCAGUGCAUUUUCUAACAGCAGGUAUUUUAUGUGUAUUUCAGUGUCGGUGAUGGAAAACCCCAGCCCCAGUGCUGUGCACCUGAGUGACUGGCAGAAAAGUUACUUCGCGAUUACCUCUGGCACCUGCACGCCCGGGCAGAAGGCAGAUGAAUACCGUGCCAAAAUCCUGCGUAUUCAGUAUGCAUGGGCAAACUCCGAGAUCUCUCAGGUCUGUGCUGCCAACCUGUUUAAAAAGUAUGCAGAGAAGUACUCUGCGAUUAUUGACUCUGACAACAUAGAGACUGGCUUGAAUAACUAUGCCGAAAACAUCCUGACUUUGGCAAAGUGUCAGCAGAAUGACAGUGACAAGUGGCAAUCUGCCCUGACAACAGACAAUGUAUUUAAGUUAAAGCGUGUGCAAGAGAGGAUGCAGGCUGGCAAAAGUUUCCAGAGCUCUCAGAUGGCACCAGCAGAUGCCUCUGUUCUAGCUGAGAAAGGGGUCAGUGCCUCUGCUGUUCCAGCCUUUCCUAAACUCAGUGUUUUCAGCAGUGCCAGAGAGACUGAGCUCUGUGCUGGCUCAGCAAAAUGUAUGAGUCAGGGACCAGAUCUCCUUGAGCAUCCUUCAUCUUCAAAGUCUCUUCAAAGCAGUGUGCUUCCUGUGGCCAAAACAUCAGAUACACUUCCUGCCUCUUCAGCAUCCUCAAAUGAGCAGGUUAAUGCAGGUUUCCAGGCAACUCCACUAUUUGGAAACAAAGAAGUGACAAGUAGUAGUUCUCUGAAAACAUCAGGUAAUUGUCAUGAUGGACAGAAUUUGCUUCUUUCUAAUCAGUCAGCUGUACCUGCAUGGUCCACGAGUUCUGGGAAAAGAAAAGCAUUUUAUGGUCUGGCUGAUGAAGACAGCACAGCAAUUCCUAACCUUGCUCCAUGCCAGGCUUACAGUAGUACAGAAACCAGUAGUUUCUCAGGGUAUAGAAACAGAAGUGAAGAGGGCAGUGUUCCUGGUUUUAGAACUGCAAAAGAACAGCUGUGGAUGGAUCAGCAAAAGAAACCUCAAAGCCUACCACAGCGUGCACCAGUCUCAUCCUACGGAGGCAUAAAAAAGUCGCUGGGAGCAGGCAGAUCUCGGGGUGCCUUUGGCAAGUUUGUUCCUCCAGUUCCAAAACAAGAUGGAAAUGAAAAUGGAGGAGCACAGUGUAAACCUCAUGCAAAAGGGUCAACAGAUCCAUCACUGCCUGUAGAUGAGCGACUGAAGAACAUAGAGCCAAAAAUGGUUGAACUCAUAAUGCAUGAGAUCAUGGACCAUGGGCCUCCGGUCAACUGGGAUGACAUUGCUGGGGUUGAAUUUGCUAAAGCUACUAUAAAAGAAAUAGUAGUCUGGCCUAUGCUGAGGCCAGACAUCUUCACUGGGCUACGUGGUCCUCCUAAAGGAAUUCUUCUCUUCGGCCCUCCGGGGACUGGCAAGACUCUCAUAGGCAAGUGCAUCGCAUGCCAGUCUGGAGCAACCUUUUUUAGCAUCAGUGCCUCUUCUCUGACUUCCAAAUGGGUAGGUGAAGGGGAGAAGAUGGUCCGUGCUCUGUUCACCGUGGCACGAUGUCAACAGCCGGCAGUGAUCUUCAUUGAUGAGAUUGAUUCCCUGCUGUCCCAGCGUGGAGAUGGGGAGCACGAGUCAUCGAGAAGAAUAAAAACUGAAUUUCUGGUCCAGUUAGACGGGGCGACAACCUCCUCAGAUGAUCGUAUUCUGGUGGUCGGAGCAACCAACCGACCCCAAGAAAUUGAUGAAGCUGCCCGAAGGAGGUUGGUGAAGAGACUGUACAUUCCUCUUCCAGAAGCCUCAGCGAGGAAGCAGAUUGUUACCCGUCUAAUGUCGAAGGAGCACUGCUCCCUAAAUGAAGAGGAAAUUGAACUCAUAGUUAAGAAAUCAAAUGGGUUUUCUGGGGCAGACAUGACACAGCUCUGCCGAGAAGCGUCUCUGGGCCCUAUCCGCAGUCUUCAGUCCCUGGACAUUGCAACCAUCAUGCCAGAUCAAGUACGGCCGAUUGCUUUCCUGGACUUUGAGAGUGCCUUCAGAACUGUGCGGCCCAGCGUCUCCCCGAAGGACCUGGAGCUGUAUGAAACCUGGAACCAGACAUUCGGCUGCGGCAGAUACCUGGGCCCUGGCCUGAGGUUUCACCAGCUGAAACGACCAUGAGAAACUGCUGGUCAUGGUAUGAGAAACUCUAAACAGUAACAGAGUGAGAAGCUGACAAAAGUUACAGAUAGCUGCUGUGAAAGAUGGGCAGAUUUCAAUGGUAUGUAAGGAGAAGGUGGUCAAACCUCACAGAGAAUUGGAGGGAGUACUUGGGGGGAAUCUGGCAAGGCUGCUGUGCUGUAUAAGUAACACUGUGCAAGGCUGAGGGAUCACAGCUAACGUUACCAGAAAUAGCAGUUUGGGGUAGGAACGCAGCAAAACUGGGACCAGUGGGGAAAAGUAGUUCAGGGUGCAUUGUCUGGGAGGAGAUUGGAGCAGAGGGAGGAAAGGGUUGAGGUGGGCAUGGGAAGAACAUGCAUGGAAAAUAAAAAGGGGGGGUAAAAGGGGUUGGGCCCCAUGUAAGCAGUGCUCUUGUCUGACUGAGCCCUGUGCCAUAUCGCUGCUGUCUGCCUCAGCUUCUUAUUAAAUACUUUUUCUGAUGA